AUGGCGACUAUCCAGGAUGACGAUGAAUUGCUGUUGGCUCGAAUUGGAUACAAACAGGAAUUGCGACGGGAGUUUUCGAAAUGGUCCACCGUCUCAUAUGCCAUCUCCAUUCUAGGAGUCCUUGGGUCGGUGCCGGCAACAUUUGGCUCGCCGUUAUCGGCCGGUGGCCCGGCCACGGCUGUAUGGUGCUGGUUGAUCGGCUCCUGCAUGGCGAUGUGCAUCGGUAGUUCCGUUGCGGAAUUAGUCUCCGCCUAUCCAACCGCUGGCGGUAUGUACUUUGUCACCAAACAUGUUGUUCCUGCCGAACAGGUCCCGAUCUUCUCGUGGGUCCAGGGUUGGUGCAAUCUGCUGGGUCAGACCGCUGGUGUCUCCAGUGUGGCUUAUACCGUAAGCCAGAUGCUGUUGGCCGGCGUGAGCAUGAACUCGGAUCUGGAACGCUCUACAGACCGUGUUGGUAUCCAUUGGGCUGCUAUGCAUCAUCGGCGUAGUGUGUUCCCUGACAACAAAAACCCUGCAUCGAAUCAUUCUUUGGUUCGCGCCGAUAAACAGUAUGAUAACUCGUCAUCUGAAACGGACACUGCUGAUAGCACCACAGUAUCUGCGACCAUCUGCAUCUGUAUUGCACUGCUGUAUCUCACUCCGGAUAAGCAACCAGCCUCGUGGGUCUUUACCCACUUUACUGACGGGUCCGGGUGGGGCUCCAAGGUAUUCUCAUUCUUUUUAGGCUUCUUGUCUGUUGCAUGGACUAUGACAGACUAUGAUGGGACGACUCACAUGUCCGAGGAAACCCACGAUGCUGCCGUCAGAGGCCCAGUUGCUAUCAAGACCGCGGUAUUGGUCUCUGGAGCAUUCGGCUGGAUGUUGACAGUCUGCAUGUGCUUUUGUCUCACUGAGUUUGAUGAGAUUCUGAAUACUCCGACUGGCCUCCCCGCCGCACAGAUCUUCCUGAACGCCGGUGGGAAGGUAGGCGGCACCACCAUGUGGGCUUUUGCCAUCUUAGUACAAUUCUUCACGGGCUGUUCAGCCAUGCUAGCAGAUACGAGAAUGGCAUACGCCUUUGCUAGAGACAAUGCGCUGCCCUUUUCCGAGUUUCUGUCAAAGGUCAAUCCUUAUACCCAAACUCCCGUCAACGCUGUGUGGUUCGUGGUCUUCUUUAGCGCUGGUCUCAAUUGCAUUGCUAUCGGAUCUACAGAAACUGCUACUGCCAUUUUCAGCGUCACGGCACCGGCACUCGACCUAUCUUACGUGUCUGUCAUUCUCGCUCACCAGAUAUACAAGAGGAAGGUCAACUUCAUUGAGGGCCCCUUUACACUUGGCAGAUGGGGCACCCUGACCAAUUACGUUGCGGUCAUUUGGGUGUUAUUUAUCAGCACUAUCCUUUUCUUCCCCUCUCAACUACCAGUAACACCGGCAAACAUGAAUUACGCCAUAUGCGUUGCUGCCUUUAUUGGAAUAUUCGCCCUGUUUUGGUGGUGGGUCGCUGCAAAAGGAAAAUACACUGGUCCCCAAACCAGCGACAUCAUCCAGCAAAUUCCUUCAGAGGAUACAAAUGACUACGAAGAGCCUGAGGAUAUCAACGUCUGA